UUUAUUUUUGGUUGCAAACUUUGUUUGCAUGAGUUCAGUGCGAAUCAUCGUCAAGACCUCUUGUAAAACAUGAGAUUACUAGAGUCUCUUUUUCAUCUUGUCGCAUUCUUAGAGAAGCCUUUGAAGGCACUUUCUCUUCUUUUGUCGUGUAUUUUUGUUUGUUGCACUUUUCCAAUUACGUUAAUGUCUUGUGGGUUUCUCGCAAUCAUCAUUUGGUGGCCAGGCAAGCAUGUGCCUGCUGUUAUUAAUGCGGCCCGGUAAUCCUUCACGGGCGUCUUCAGGUGUGUGUCAUUUAUCUUUGUUAAUAUUUCCUCUGGAUGCCAGCUGGGUACCCGUGCCAGCCGGCUCCCAAACUGGGCAUGAGACUCGGCAUGCGGAUCGCGCCGGGCCGGCUCUCUUCCUCCGUAGUUGCGAGGCAACGGCGCUUGGGAGAAAAUGUCCAUCCCGCUGAAAAUGAGACACUUUUGUUUUAGCGUCCCCCCGUCCUGGAAAAAAACCCUCUUUAACUGUGAGAGGGGCGACUUAUUUAAGACAAGGACUCUUUUGUUUUAGCCUGUGAAAGGCGGCAGACCCCGCUCUCCUCCGCGGGGAAGCCUGCGACCAGGGGCCGCCGCGUAAUUGGCCUAUUUAGCUUGUUUUGCAUGUGAAUGCGGCGCUAGUCAAGCAUCGCUAAGUCUGUUGUGAGAGCUGCCGUCAUUUGAAUUCAGCUCAGCGCAAACAUUCUCCCUACUUUAUCACUUCCUCUAAUGAGCCCGGCCCGGGACGUUACCCCCCGAGUGUCCCUAAAAAGUUUGGGAGGAAGUUUAUGUUACGUCUUGCGCCCGGGGCUCGCGCUCUUUCCCGGAUCGGACUUCCGAACAUCCUCUGUCCUUUCAGAUAGCUUUCUUUUGGAAGGAGCGAGCGAGCUCUCGUUAGCUGGGCUUGAUUAGCAGAAGUGUUCGGUGAGGACAGGGGAAUGAUGGGAAGAGUCUGUGCUGUGGAGCUUCGCUGGGUCACACACACUCGCAGGGAUGCUGGAUUGAUGGAUGAUCUUCCUCAAUUUACAUAUUUGGAAAAGCUUGGCUCUUAUUAUGAAGUCGGGGCUCAUGGGAGGCGAGGUGGGGAUGGUCAGUCCGGAGACGGUGUCUCCCACCAAACUGGGCUCACAGUAUUACCAGCAUUAUGCAGGAAACCCGCGCCGACGAGCCCUUCACAGCGACGCCAUGGAAGUCCAGACGAAGAAGGUUCGGAAAGUUCCCCCCGGGUUGCCCUCAUCAGUAAGUCAGUGUUUUUCACCUGAAGCGCUUCUGUCCGUCGCACAAAGCAUGUUAAAGGCUUUGACUCUGCAGUCAAAAGGCCGCACAAUAGUGUGUGAGUGUGUAUUGUGUGAGGCUCGGUUAAUGACGCUGGGAUGUGUGUGUGUCGGAGCAGACGCCUCGCAGGACGUCCGGACAGUGUUGUGCUGUGCUUCUUUAAGAGACGGGACUGAAGGAGUCCUGAUGGGACGCUUCGGUCUCGGGGAAGGUGAUCGCGGAUGAUUCCCGCACAAGUCCGGUGUGUGUCGUUUCUGACUCGGGAAACACUUUGAGUGUCAUGUGACUCAUUAAUGCAACAUACACACCGACACACACCUGUGUUUGAGAUGCUUUGGGUGUUCGGAUAGGUGUGUGUGUGUUGAUGGAAACCAGCUUUCAGUGUCGUACUGCUUGAAAGACUUCAUGAUGACUUUUAGACACCAGUUCAUUUUGUGUUUAAUAUCAAGAAUAGUUUUUUUU